ACACAAAAAAAAAAUUAUUUAGAGGCCAUUUCGAAAUAACUAUAGUUGAGGGGGUCUCCAUACAAUUUUACCUUGUUACUCCACUCCACACCUUCUUCCUCGUAAACAAGUAACAACCAUCAACAAUGGCGCUCCCCAUCCAAAAUACCUAAAAUGCCCUCCACCUUUCCCGGAAUCUCCCGCCUCGUCCCCCACCUCUUCCUCCUCCUCCUCCUCCCAUGGCCGAUUUCGCCGCGGAGAGGGAAACCCUAGCCUCCAAGCUCCGCAUGGUGCGGUGGAUAUCCCUCCUCGUCGGGGUCCUAAACCUCGGGAUCGUCCUUUUGGGAGGGGUCCUGUUGGACUCCGUCGUCUCCGGCUGCUCCGCCGCGGCGAAGCUCCCCGUCGCGGCGGCGGCGCUCGUCGCCGGCGUGAGGGUCGCCGCCAUGGUCGGCGCCGCGAGGGCGCAGCACGCCACGGCGGAGACCAUCGCUGGGUAUCUGGUGGACGGUUCCGUCGCCGUCGACGGCGCUCUUCGCCGCGAGAGACGGGUGAGAUACAAGCGGUGGCUAUGGUGGACGAGAUUUGGUAUGGUGGUCACUGUAUUGCAAUUUGUUGCAGCAGUUUAUCUCAUGUUCAUUAUAAAUGAUUUUGCUUUCAAUGGGAACUCGAAAGCAUGCUUUGGAGGUCAGGAUACAGCUGGUCAAGUAUGGAAGCAAACUAUACUAGCUUCUUUUCUUGUACUGGUGUGGGUGGUAGUUAUUAUGCAAUGUUUCACAGGUUCAGACAUAUUAAAGUGGAGGUCCUUUUAUGCGACUCAUGAUACUGCAUGGAAAGCUCAUUACAGAGAGGUAUUUGACCAUGCGAUUCGAGAGGCUUUGUGCUGUCUAGGACGUGCGAAGUAUUUGACUGUCUUAGAAGAAGACGAAGUUUACUCUGUGGCAAGACUCUUAGGUGACUUGGUGGCAUAUCGAGCAUCAGGAACAGGACAUUUGGAACUCCUUGCAGGACUUGCUCUAUUACAAAGUCAUAGACACUCACCUAGCAUGCUAAGUGAACUCGUGGAGGCACCAAAGGAACUUAUUCAAGAAGCUGCACUAUACCAUCCAUUUGCUGAAGCUGCUUACACGGGGCCGCUACUUGAUUUUGGACGGAACCCCAUUUUAUUUCCUUGUGCAUGGCUCUACAGACAAGGGGUUUUAACUCCAUGGACUCGUAACAGGCGUCCUGUACUUGAAGGUGAUAAUUGGUGGCGAGGACAUGCUGCGGCCUUUCUCAAGUAUGUUAAUCUACCACCUGAAGCUCUUCUACGAGGCCGUGUCUGUCAAAUGAAGCGUGAGGCUGCUUACUUCGUUGUGGUUCUCCAUGAUCAAAGAACUGUUGUUAUUGCUGUACGUGGAACUGAGACUCCUGAAGAUCUUAUAACUGAUGGAUUGUGUAGGGAAUGUGAACUUACUUUGGAAGAUUUGGAUGGGCUGCUGAGUGAACACUUACCCGAAAGUACGAGGCAAAGAAUUAUUUCCUCUUUCCCACAUUAUGGACAUGCCGGGAUUGUCGAGUCUGCUCGAGAGCUUUUCAUGCAAAUUGAUGGACAACAAGGCGAUAAAGAAAACUCAGCAUCUGGGUAUCUGUCUUCUUUGUUGGGAGUGGGCUGUGAAUGUCAUGGAUACAAAGUUCAUAUUGUAGGUCAUUCUUUAGGAGGUGCUGUUGCUACACUCCUGGGACUGAGGCUUUAUGGACGCUACCCAAACUUACAUGUGUAUGCUUAUGGAACCCUUCCUUGUUUGGAUUUUGUAUUAGCUGAAGCCUGUUCAGACUUCAUUACUACCAUUGUAUACAAUGAUGAAUAUUCUGCGCGCCUUUCGGUCAGUUCAAUCCUCAGGCUUCGAUCUGCUGCGAUUACUGCUCUUUCGGAUGAUUCUUCAGCUGAUUCAGCAAUGAUACGAAAGCUUGCCCGGAGGAUUCUUCAUGUAAAUAAAUACCAUGAAAAUGGUGAUUCCCAUUGCAUUUUGCUACCAGCUUCCAUAACAAGCAAUCUGGUAGGGGAUGAAAAAAAUCAUAUACAUAAUAGGAGGCAGUUUGAACACACAAUUAGAGAGAGGGGCGGCCCUUAUCAAGAGCUCAAUAAUGAGGAGAGUUUGCUUCAUAGAAACAACAACUAUCAAGACCAAAACUUUGACCAGUAUGAUAAAACAGUUCAAUUUGGGGAUCCGUAUUGUCGUUUUGAAGGAUAUCAAACAACUUACAGAGAUAUACCUGUAGAGCCCCCCGAGAUGUUUCUUCCGGGAUUGAUCAUUCACAUAGUACGACAACCUAGAAGUGUCUUGCCUCUGUGGAAAUUCUGGAGCAUUCAUGACAAAGAUGGUUCGCAUAGAGCCUUUUUGGCGAAAAGAGAAAGCUUCAGGGAUAUUGUCGUAACACCAUACAUGUUUAUUGAUCAUCUACCCUGGAGGUGCCACUAUGCGAUGCAAAGAGUUUUAGAAGCCCAAAAGUCUCAAAAUAGUGCUGAUUUAUCCAUUGAACAACAUUUGGUAUGAUCAGUUCCUACAAUUCCCACCUUAUAUCAACAGAAAUAUUAUAAAUGUUUGCAAAAUUACUCUCUUUCACGUACAACUAAAGAUUCAAGAGUAGCUACUCUUCCAUUGUUGAACGUUGCCAAACUUCACCUAACCAACAAAAAGGAAACUUUGUGAAGAUGAUUCUGUGUUCUUCUUCGCGAGUUCAAGGCGAUUCACAUACAUAGUUGAUUCCUUCGCACUAACCCGCAGAAAUUUCGCGGUCCAUAAUGUUCAAAAUGCACCAUGAUGAUAUUUCCUUGUUUGCUAUGAUAAAUAUUCUUACUGCUGUACAGAUUCAACCCUAGCUGUGGAUUAGAAAAUGUACCAAGAUAAAAGAUGUGAUAUACCUUUGAACAAAGAAUAAGUCAAUUACAAAUUUAAAAUGUGCUCUUUUUUUUUCGAAAUAGAAUGUGUAUCUGCUUCGUCGACUUUGUCGGAGUCAUCGCUAUAUUUACUUAUACCCUUUGAAUUGAAUAUAAGGAAUGAGAGGGGUUAUAUAUGAAA